CGCCGUUGCCCUUUCCCUCCCACCUCUCUCUCUCUCUCUCUCUCUCUCUCUCUCUUUCUCUUCUCGCCAUGAGCUUCGCCUUCCAGAGCACGAUGUUGCGGCCUGCGGCCCCAAAGCCCCCGACAAGAAGAAGAAGCCAUGGAAGGCGACGAGCCCUCAAACCCUCGAGGAAGUGCUUCGAUGGGAGAACAUGGAAGCAGAGCCGAAGCAACCGAAAUCCCCCCUCCUCCUCCUCCUCCUCCUCCUCCUCCAAAGGAGUGGCGGAGAGGCUGGAGGCCCUCAAGCGACUGAUCCCAUCCAUGGCCACCGGCGAGGCGGCGGAGAAGGCUGCGGCAGCGGCGGCGGCGUCGCCGGACCGCCUCUUCGAAGAGGCCGCGGACUACAUUCUCCUCCUCAAGACCCAAGUCGAGAUCUUGAAGCAUCUGGUCGAUCACUACAGCCCAGCCGAGUCCAAUGCCACUGUCUCGUAGUAGAAAGAUCCAAUGGAGAUGAUGAAUCCUAAUCGAUUCCCCCACCCCCCCCCUCCCCCACUUUUUUCUUUUCUUUGCCUUUUUUUUUCUUGGAUUUCUUUUCUUGCUAUUUAAUAUUUCUUUUGGCCAGACAAAAAACCUGGGGAUCUUUACCUCUUUUGGUUGUCUGUUUUGAGCUGCAGAGCUUUCGUUGUCUCUAUAACAUCUUCUUCCCGAAAUGGCCACGUGUCAGUCGCGUAAUCGGAGUAAUGUUUAUUUGUUGAACAAAUUUCCUCAUUUCGAUAUAAAUGAAUGAAUGCAAAACUCAAUCAAUCAGAUUUUUUUUUUA